AAAACGGAAAAGCUAACUAGAAACAGAGUCAUCGAGGACAGAUGACCCCCCGACUUGAUCAACAGAAUCAUCUGAGAUUUGAGGAAGAUCGAACUCAGAGAUAGACCAAUCCGGCACAUCAGCCGACGCGAGAAGAUCCGCGCAAUCUCUUUCCAUUUCCUUCAAACGAGCAAGUUCCACAUCCACAGUCAAGCCUCCAUCCUUGAGCUCGGUCAAGAGAUUGAUAUUCGCAACCACCUCCUGUAGUUGAAUCUCAGAAGAUAUUUCAUUCUUCUUGCUCGCCCACCUAUCUUUCAAGGAUUCAAGGAUCUCCCGAUACUUGGCCGCAGUGUCGCGACGAGCAAUACGGGAAGCUCGGCAAACACCCCAAUCCCUCUCAACUUCGAGCGCCGCAAUUCUUGCCCGUUUAGCGACCAUCUGAGAUUCGAGAGCCUUAUUUGCCAGAUGAACUCUCUUCCAGUCUUCAGUCAAAGCUUCGAUCUUCUCAGCAUCCUUCUUCCCUUCUCGCUUGGUGACUUCAAGCUCUUCUGAAAGCCUCUUAAUCUCAGAGCCAAUGCUUUCGAUUUCCUUAUCAUUCCUGGAAGCCUCGACAUGAUCCUCCAUCAUCACGACAUAUUCAUUGAAAGCCUCCAUAACCUGGAAAGAAAUCGAGAUGAGCAAAUAAUGUGAAGUGACUCUUCAAAAAAAGGUAAACGAGAAACGAACCUUAGAGCUCGCCACAGCAACCUUGGCAUACGCUUCCUUCUCAACUGACGAAGCGAGAGACGGAAGACGGCAACCCGCGGACCUCAUACGACCAGCGAUGGAAAUUAGAUCGCUCUGAACUGCAAAUGAAGAACCAUCUCCCCCCAGGGAUAAACCUAGGACGAGAUGGACCGGGCAAAGACUCCUCCAAUGAUCGACGACGUUUACGAGUCACCACCACAGUCUCCUCAUCCAUACCAGGACUCAACGAAGCAGGAGGCUGACUUUCUUCUGGAACAUCGUCAUCGUCGGAAUCAUGGAUCGAGAUUAAAGGGGACUUUCCUGAAGCUCGACUCCUCGACGUAGACCCGGAAGUUUGGAACGACGACCUCCUCAUGAGCUGUCUAUUUAACCGAUCCGAAGACUGGUCCUGAGCAGAAAAGAGGCCCCUACGACCUCCCGGGAAUGCCUGGUCUCGUCCUCGGACUUCUCGAUUAAAGGAGCUUUGCCAGUCCCCACUGGCAAGGCAAAAACAGUCUGAAUCCGGGUUUGGUCAAAAGUGAACCAAUUCGAGCAACCUCUCCGAAGGAUUCUCAUCAAACCACGGAUCUCAUCCGACAUCGAGGAACUUCCAGCAGGAACUACACUCAGUAAAAUAAAACGAAAAUUUUAGUCUUCGAUCCCAAAAACCCUAAACGCAUAGGCGAGAUAGAAACUAACCGAUAUUCUCCGCCCAACGUCGAGAGAGUCGGGAGAAAUCAAAGUCACCCAUAGAUACUCGAUCCAUUCGGAAAACAAAGAACUGUUCAUGCCACUUCUCGUCUCGAUAAGGAAUAUUGUCUAUGACGUGACGACCUGGACGCGGAGAAACAAGGAAAGUCCCAAGGGUCUGAUUGUUUCGUUUCACCAGAACGAACUGACGAAACUCGCUAAGACCAAAAGCGAGACCCUCCUCCCUAACCUUAACCAGAAACGCAACAAGAUGCCUGAGGAAAUUCGGGAGAAGCUGAGAGAGGGAUAACCCAAGCUCCGCCAAGAUCUCAAGUAUAGGCUCCGAAAUCGGGAAGGUAAGACCGAAAGAAUGGAAAAAGGAAAGAUAAGCUCCGUAGUAGCCCUCUCUCACAGUUUCAGGGGUCUCAUCCGCUCUGGCCAAAUCAAGAACGACGGAACAAUCAACCCCAUGAACCUCGUGAAGGUUCUCGAGAUCGUCCGUAGUAGUAGUUGGACGAGGAAAAUUGAAAGACGAACACAUCACGAUCUCGAACAGAGAGAUUUUAAAGCAAGGGAGAAAGAGAGCUGAGAUAGGAAACGGAAAUAAGGCUGAAAGAAAGCCUCCUACGUAUAUAUAAGCCUCCCUAAAGGCUAUUAUCGCUAUCGAGAAAGGCAAUUAUAACCUAGUCUAAGCCCUAGCAGCGACUAAAGUAGCCGUUACCGAUUAAAAUAAUAAUAAAAGAAAGCGCGCCGACAAACGGUUCUUUUCAAAAACGGUCACUAAAACCGAACCCGAACGAUUUCUACCAUUUAACCACAAAAUCCAGACCAAAGGAUAACCGCCCCUUUUUCCUUUUCGAUCAAAUCAAAAAAGGCUGGGGGACAAAUGUUGGAUCCAAUUUUGGUCAAGACCGAAACGGGCCCUGAUCAGAGACAUGGGCCGAGACAUGCCGAGGCCCAGAACCAGAAUCAAGCUCGAAGAACGAGUCACAGAGGUCGCAAUGAUCGCGCAACAAGAAGCUGAGAUCGGGGAGCUGGCACGGAGAUCUCGGAGUCGACUCGCUAUAAAAGAAGGAGGAGGACACGUGGAAAACCCUAGAGAGAGUCUUACAUUCCUAACAAUCUUAUUGUCUUCCCACUUUUAGAUUCCUUCUUGAUCGAACUUGUGUGUAUCAUUUGAUCUAGUUCAACUCAUUGUAUUCGAUCCCAGUUAUCAAUAAAGUCUAUUUUCGCCUACUGGAAACUAUUUAACAUCGUUGUGUUCUAAAGAUAUCGUUGUCCACAUCAUUUGUCUUCCUUAGAUCAACCUCGAUCACUAUCAAAUACUUUGUGUAGAAUUUAGGUUCUACACCGAAGAGAUGGAAUCCUGAGAUACUGGAAAACUAUGUCCAUGAGGAUGACAUCCCAUUUAUUCAAUCGUUGGCCAUAAGCCAAGGUUAUCAUCGAGAUGGAUAUUGUUGGAGCUAUAAGAAGAAUGGGAUGUACACUGUCAAGUCAGGUUACUGGGUAGCAAAUAACUUGCCUAAGAAGGAAAUAUUGGAGGUGCAUGAACCUAGUAUAAUGAAGCUACAGCCUUUGCUUGGAAAAUAAAAGCUCUUCCAAAAAUCAGACAUUUCAUUUGGUAGAUGAUAUCUAGACAGUUAGCAGUGACAAGUAAUCUGAAUCAUUGUCAUAUGAGAUGCGACAACCAUUGUCCUCGUUGUGGUGCAGAGGAUGAAACUAUAAAUCAGGCCAUCUUUGAAUGCCCUCCAGCUAUACAGACUUGGGCACAUGCGGCAAUCCCAACACCUCCUACAUUAUUUCCAAGUGGAAGCUAUUUCACAAAUAUUGAUUACCUAUUCUAGCGAAAAAAUGAUAUUGAAGAUCCAAAUUUGGACAAAGACCCAUAUCUUUGGAUCAUUUGGUAUAUUUGGCAAGCGAGGAACGAUAAACUCUUCAGGGAAAUAGACAGGAACCCUUUGGAAACUGUCAGACAUGCUGAAUCAGAAUGUCACCCUUGGUUUGAAGCAAAUCAAAGAUCGGAGGAAGAGGUGGAAGCACAAAAUCCAGAACGGCCACCAAUCUCAGAGAGAUGCAUGAUAGAUGGAUCAUGGACACAUGACGCAUUUUUUAGUGGUUAUGGAUGGACAUGGAUAAAUUUUAGAGGAGUGAUGCAACUAUUGAGAGCAAGGAAUCAAUGCAGACGAAUCUCACCAUUACAUUCAGAACUGGAGGCUUUAUCCUGGGCAAUGGAGUGUAUGCUCGAGGUAUCGACAUUUCAAUUCUUUGAGACCGACUGCAAGGACCUAAUCUCGAUGAUCAAAGACCCCGGAGCAUGGCCGAACUUUUCUACUGAGCUGGAAGAGUUUAUGAAGUUGAAAAACAGAUACACGGAGUUUUCGAUUGUUUUUUGUUCCUCGUUUAGAAAGUGUAUCAUCUGAUUCAUUACCUUAGCUGGUGAGAUCCUUCCAUAAGGACUUGUACUACAUUGGUUGUUCUAUUCCGAUCUGGUUUUCCACACCACCUCAAGCUUGCGUAAUAAAACAGCCGGUUCAAGAAAAAAAAACACCAAUUUUUUAUAAUGUACAAGUAGGUCUCACAUAACUUAGCCGGAUAAUUUUGUGCAUAUUUUUUAAGAUCUAUAUAGUCACUUACAUACAUAACUAUAUAGAUCUUAAAAAAUAUGCACAAAAUUAUCCGGCUAAGUUAUGUGAGACCUACUUGUACAUUAUAAAAAAAAUUGAUGUUUUUUUUUCUUCAACCGGCUGUUCUAUUACUAAAAAAAUUAUAUUGUGUUUAAAAAAAUAUAGUUAUGUAUAUUUCUUUUAAAAACGCCAAAACUCAUUCAAUAAAGUGCUUAAAUUUAUGAAUGUUAUAAGUUUACAAAAUUAAAAUUGUAUAAAGAGCAGUAUGGAGAGAGAUGUAUCCAGCUAUAUGGAAGAAUCGUAUGUGUGUACAUUACUAAAAUGUUUUAUUUUAAUAAGUUUAUUGUACAAUAAUGUUCACCAAUAUAAUAAUACUUAAAUAUUUCUUCAUUGAAGGAACCUCUAUAUAAACGGUGGGAGUUUUGUGAGAAUCUCCAAGGUGAGGUCGAGAGCUUAGAAAAACUAGAGUGUGAGAGAGAGUGUUUGUUUGAGAGUGAGAGAAAGAAAAAAAGAUUUUGAGUGAAAUUAGGGUUUUACUUCUCAUUCUAUUUAUCUUAAAAGUGUCAAAAUCCUAGUUUCUUCGGUUUCCUUUCUUUUUAAUCGUCUGUCUUGCUUUAAAACACAAAUCACGACUUUCGUAUGAAGUGUUGUUUUAUGGAUUUAUAUUUUUUUUUUCAAAAUUCAUCCAGUAGACACACUUUAGCCAAAACAAAAUCAGGUGUUUUCUAGAAAUCAAGAUCCUAAAUACUAUGAUUUUUCGGUCAUUUAACAUUCUUUUUGUUGAUUUAUAGAGUUGAUCAACUUCGUGGGCAUUUUUGAGUUCCCUCAAGUUUGAUCCUCUUUUUAUUUAUUUAUUUGUUGAUAUAUUUCCAUAGUUUUGAUCUAAUGGAGGUUGCUUAUUUCAAACCUCUUUGAUCCAAUUUAUUUCUACAAAAAAAAGUAAUCCAGUCUUUGAAGUUUUUUCCUAAAAAAGACAGGGUUUCUUUUAACAGGUUUCUAAAUAUAAUAUUUUGUUCUUGUAGCAUAUCAUUUUUUGUUUCAGGAACCUCUCAUGGCGGAUUUCUUCAGUAGCAGCCAUGGCGGCGAACUAAUGGAAGCACUUCAACCUUUUUACAAAAAUGCUUCCACGUCUGCUUCAGACUCCGCGUUUGUAUCUUCAAACGCUGCAUUUGCGUCCACGCCAAAUGAUCCCUUUUCUUUUUCUUAUUAUAAUUACCAGCCUCAAAAUAUCUCUUCCUUUUCCACAACCCACUCCGAUUAUGGAUCCUUCCCGGAUAUUUAUCCUGGAUCCAUGACCUAUCCAUCUUCAUUUCCCUCGAAUCUUCAAAAACAACCCGAUCAAAACUACCAAGCUCAGUUUCAUUACCAAAACGAUUCAACAUAUACUCACCAAGACAACCAUUAUACGCUCAAUUUCGUCGACCCAAACAACUCAGAUUUUUUAACCCAACCUGAUCCGGUUCCAAGUUCGGGUUCAGUUCCAAAGCCGAGUAAACUCUAUCGUGGAGUGAGGCAAAGGCACUGGGGAAAAUGGGUUGCUGAAAUUCGUUUACCCAGGAACCGAACUCGUCUAUGGCUCGGAACAUUCGACACAGCUGAGGAAGCCGCGUUGGCCUAUGAUCGUGCAGCGUUCAAGCUUCGCGGUGACUCAGCUCGACUGAAUUUUCCGGCUCUACGAUACCAAACUGGUUCAUCUCCGUCUGAUAUCGGCGAAUACUACGGACCUAUUCAAGCUGCCGUUGACGCCAAGCUCGAAGCCAUUUUUGCUGAGCCUAAGAAUCAGCCAGGAAAAAAAGAGAGAACGUCGAGAAAUAGAGCUAAAGCUACGCCUUCUUCGAUUGAUCAUUCCACGCCUCAACAACAAUCCAGGCCAGGCGAGAGUGAUGGGUCAGGUUCACCGCCUUCGGAUAUGAAGGCGCUGGAGAUGUGUGUAGAGACACCGAUUCCGUGGAAUGAUAAUUUCAUACUUGGAAAGUGUCCUUCUUACGAGAUCGAUUGGGCUUCUAUAUUAUCGUGAAAAUUUAUGAUUUAAUUAAUUAUUCUUUAAAUCAAGAUGUUGUAUUUGUGUUUAAAUUUCUAGUGGUCUUAGUUGUGCCUACUUUCAAAUUUGUGAUUUAGGAAAGUAUAAACUGUAAAUUAUGAAAAGUAGAAGGUUUUUGUUCAUGUCGUACCAUGCAGAUCUUUUCAUUUAAAUACUAAAAAUUUAAUUUGGUUGGUAAUGUUUUGUUUGAAAGGCUUUUUUUGGUUGGUUGGUAAUUGGUAUCAAAAUUUCCCUCUCUUCUAUUGUCUAAUUCAACAUAGCCAAAAAUAAAUGGUAUAAAGGCGUAUAUGGAUGAUCAUCAGUUUGCAAGGAUUUUAUAGUACAUUUAGAAGGAACAGAAUAAUAAAGUUUAUAGUAAUAUUGAUGUUGAUCCUCGAGAUCCCAUGAAACUAGGAGAGACUGAAUCUCUACUAUGGGCAGAGGCUCAGGCCUCAGCUACAGGUGGAACAACCCAUGUGCAAGAAAUGGACGAAAUAAAUUUACCCUUAAUCCCGGGUCACUGGUGUUUCACGAAUGAAUCAUGGAAAGAGCAUGAUUUAUUUUUGGGACGGGGCUGGUAUAGCACGCUACCGGGUUUCGAGGGACUAAUGGGGGCAAGAACACAAGAUCAAGUCUUUUGCCUUUACACUAAGAGAUGGAAGCUCUCAUAUGGACAAUGGAAAGCAUAAAGAACUUACGUCAAUAUCAUUUUACUUAUGCGACGGAUUGUAUCCGGUUGGUGAAGAUGUUUUCAGCACCAGAGAAUUGACCGGCAUUUGUGAAUUAUUUGGACAUCAAAAUUCUUCAAGAAAUUUUUACUCAUUCAAAGAUCAUUCAUAUCAACCGAACGCUGAAUGCAAAGAAGGACAAUCUGGUGCAGAGUGCCAGGAAAUAAAUGUCGUUCGUUGUUUAUAUGAAUGCAGAGUGUCAGGAAAUAAACGUCGUUCGUUGUUUAUAUGAAUGCAGAGUUACCAGUUUGCAAAGUCUUCACAGAAUUUGUUAAGGUUGAUGACAAAAAAAAUUGGUAUAACUAAGAAAAUUAUAAACGUUUUACUAAGAAGAGAAUAGAAAAAUUUAAAAUAUUAAAUUAACAAUUCAAUAGAAAGUAAUUACACGGUUGGUAGACGGUUUUACGGCGGCGGCGAUGCUGCGGCGGCUUCCUGGCGGUGAACAGACGGUGGCCAGCUCGGUGGCUCCGGCGAACGUCCCGCGGAGGCGGUGACGCGUGAGAUUCACGCACAGAACUUUGAGUGGCGCGUGACGGCGCGUCCGGGCUUCUCGUCGGCUGAGUUUCUACCACCGGAUUCGUCUCAACGUCAGGAACGCAGUGAUGUCCUUCAAAUCGCGAGAAACCAAACGGUUUGAGAUAUAUGAUUGAUUUAUCAAAUGGAAAAACAUAACCUAAAGCCACGACGGUUUUGUAUGGUUACCUUCGGCAGUUAACGGUUGUGAGAUAUCCGAUCUUGGCGUAUUCGACAGCGGGUGUGACUGGUCGAUCUCAGAUCUACUCGACGGCUCAAUCUCUGCAGAGUUUCGACGCUUUACGCUUUUCUGAAUAAACUAUUAAGCCUACCACUGUUUAAAUAGAAACUCACCUAGGGUUUUAUGCAAUGGGCCUGUCUCUUGCUGGGCCAAAUUAAUUGGACCAAAUAAUGGAUAGUUACACGACCUUUCUUUGCUUGUUCGAAUUUAGAGACCCAGCCAUAGAAAUCCACUACGCCUUCUCUCGAUUGUGUUGUGUAAUAUUUUCAAGGGUCUGAAGACGGAGCACCAAAAAUUUGUUGUGUUCCGAAGUUAUUGAGUUGAACGCGAACAUCAUAAGAGAGAGCUUUACUUAACCAAGAACGAAGCCGCUUCAUGAUCUUAUCGAUGAGAGGCUGAUAGUCGUCAAAAGUCAUUGAUUUCAUUAUGAGAAGAAGUCCCAUAUACCAAACUGGGAAAGUAUCAACAUGGAUGCACAUGUGUUGUACGUCAUCAGAGAAAAUCUUAUUUAUUCUCUCUGCAAUAUAUAUACGAUUUUUUUUCGGAUUGAUUUUCAUGUCUGAUAGCAUCUUAUUAUAUAAAGCUUGUUUUCUUCAAAGUUGCUAAUUAACAUGAUCGCGACAUGUGUCAAUUAAUUUAUUAAGAUUGUGACAUGUGUCAAAAAUAUGUUACAAUUCUCUUUUAUUAGGAGUUAAAAGGAUUUAGAAAAAAAAAUUUAUUAUAACAUUUUUUGGAGACUAGAAAAGGUAAAUUAUUACAAAAAAAUAGUUUAUUGUUAUUUUUAGGAAUUUAGAAAAGGAAAAUUACUAUUACAUAGCCUUUUACAAUUAUAUUUUAUGGUUCUUUUAUAGUCUUUUAAAAAUAUUUGAUACUAAAUUUAUUUUUUGAAAAUUCUAGGAACAAAGAAUAAUUGUAAAAAAGCUUUUUGAAAGUAUUUGUUUUCUUUUUAAAAUAUUUUAUAUAUUUUUCAUCUUUAAAGAUACUAAAAAAAGAUAUUAUAAGAGAAAAUAUUGAUUUUUUAAAAACAAAUCUUAAAAGAACGAAUUAUAAAAUCCUACAUGUAGAAGAAAUUAUUUAAUAAAAAUCAAAUAGAAAAAAUAACUAUAAAAUAAGUGAUAUUCCUUUUUUAAAACCUAAGAAAAUAAAAAUGUUAAAGGACUCUUAUUAUUUACAUAUAAAUAGCUAUGUUUCCUUUUUAACAGAUAAAUGUAUGCUACAAAAAUAAAAACCAAAAUAAAUAUUAUUUUCAUAUCUGUAUUUAGGUUUAAGUUUCUUCAUAUUAUUUUUACAAAAAAUAGUAUUUACAAGAAAAAUAAUAUCUGAUUAUUUUCUUUUAAUUUCUGUAAACAACUCAAUUUUUGUAUCAUCCUUAUUACAUCUUAUGAUGAUAACAAAAUUUUUUUUUAAAAUUAUGAUGUUUUUGUCGUACAUACGAAUGUGUGAAUAUGAGGAAUAUCUAUGUUUUUGUGUAUAAGACACAAUAUAUAAUUGACUAAACAUAAUUUUUUUAAUUGAAAAUAUAUUAGUUUGUAUAAAAAUCUUAAACAAAAACGAAUUAUAGUUGGAAUUUUUAUUUUUAUAUUUAAAUUAAAAUUAAUUUAUUUCUUUAAAAUAAUUAUAUUUUCUUUUUAAUAGAUAAUUUUGUGUUAAAAAUUAUAAACCAAAAUAACUUCAAAUAUUUCACCCGAUAUGAUUAUGACAUUUGUAAAACUUAAUUGUGUAUGUAUUAAUAAAAAUUUAUCAUCAUGUGAAAAUAACCUUUUUUUUUUCUAAAAUCUCAAAGAAAAGAAAUUUGAAAAAUAAUUUUUUCCUCUUUUAAUCUUAGCCAAAUAAGAUUGCUUCCUCUCAAAUUCUGACCAAAUAGAAUUGUAAAAGUAAUUUUUACUUUUAAAAUUUGAUGAUAAAUAUGAUACUGAAAAUAUGAAAUUAAAAAUAUUAGUAAUAUUGAGAAAACGAAUUUUGAAAAUAGCAACUUUUUAAAAUAGUUAAUAUUUGCUGGAAAUAGUUAUUUGAUAGUAUUUUUAUUUUCGAACUCCUAGAAAAAAAUAAUUAUAAAAUAUUAUGUAAUUUUAAUUUUCUUUUCUAACACCCUAAAACUAUAAAAUAAUAUUUGAUAGAUCUUUAACUUAAAAAAAGAAAAUCCUAAACAAAAUAGAUUUGUAUCAUAUUUGAUAGUAUAUUGGGGAAUUGCCACUAAUACCACUUUCCUAAUACCACUUUUCAACUUUACACUUUUCAACUUUACCAUUAAAAUUUUAAUAGACAAAGUACCAUCAUACCCCUGAAUAAUUUAACCUAAAUUAUUCUCUUUCUCCCUCAAUUCCAAAUCUGAGAGUUCCCAGAUUGAUUUCAAUUCGACGGUGAUCAUAUCCGACGACCCCGACUAGUUCUCCCGACGGCGCUGGCGAGUUCUCUGGCAGAUUUGACGGCGCUGACGAAUUCUCCGACGAAGCUGAAAAACUCUACAAGCUCAGGCAAACAAGACGAUCUCACUUUCUCCUCCAUUGAGAAAUAAUGACGGUAGCGACGAGCGUUGAUUCGCUUCUGGAGAAGCUCAAACAGGAGGAGCUUUACCUUCCACCAAGUAAUUGGGAGUCCUUACAUUCUCAGAGCUGCCAAUUUCCUCCUCCAACUCGUGCUUCUUCUCCGUCUUCUUCCUUUGUCUCUGAAUUAAGCUUGGUUAGGUUGGCGUUGAAUGCCCUGCAAGGUGUUGAGUCUUCUCUUAUUAGCAUACAGAAGCUCUCUUAUGGAUUAUGCUCCCACCAAAGUCUGAGCUUGUGGCAUCGGUUAUCAAGCACUGACGCCUUGGGACAUAUUCUUUGAAACAUAGGCUGCUUUGGUUCUUUAGUCUUUCUUCUCCAUAACUUUGUAGACCCAUUUCAUGAACUUCAAGUUGGAAGUUGAGGGACAGGGGAGAGCUGUAAAGUAGGUGAAAAUGAAGAAGCCAAUAACAAGAGCUGUUAUACUCUUGUUAAUCAGGCUUUUGCUAUUAUUAUGAGAAAGGUCCUAGAAGGCUAUAUAUCUGGUAUGGAUACAUUAUGUACAUCUGCAGAACUGAGGCGUUCAUCUAACAUUGUGGGUUUUGUAAACCCUUUAUAAAUUUUUAUAAACCAUUAUAAAUUCAGAAACCCCAAGUAUCUCUCAAUGCUCAAUCAUCUCAAUGCUCAAUUAUACCUUUUUAUAAGGCCUUAUAAAAGAAACUGUAAAAGAAUGAUGUUCUUUAAUAAGCAAAGAAAUGGUGGAAAGUUGGUUAAUUUGGUGAUUUAUAAACUCUUAUAAAUAGAUUUAUAAACCUUGUAAAUUAAUUUAUGAACACUUAUAAAUAAAUGUAAAAACUCUUAUAAAUAGCUUAUAAGUUCUUGUAAAUAGUUUUAUAAACCCUUUUAAAUAGUUUUAUAAAUAUUUAUAUAUGUUUUAAAAACUUUAUAGAUGGUUGAUACUAGGUUUUAUAAGCUCUUAUAAAAUUUAUAAGUGAUUUUAUAAAGGUUUAUAAAUCAUUUAUAUGAAUAUAUAUAAACUAUUAAUAAAGGUUUAUAAAUGAUUUCUGAAUUUUCAUAAAUGAUUUAUAAACAUUUAUAAAUUAUUUAUUAUCUUUAUAAAGCCUUAUAAGGAUUUUAUUAUGAUGAUAUAAUUUGAUAUGGUUUCUCUGCCUCUUCUUUAUAAAACAAUUAUAUCAUUUCUCAGAUUUUCUUAGCAAACAGAGGUACAUCAUUAACAUCAUCCACAAUCAACUAAAGGAUAUAUAGAUAGACUCGGUAAGGUUCAAUCAUGAUUCAUGAGCAAAUCUACACUCAAGAAGAAUUCAACAUCCAGAAAUAUUCUAUAAUUCACCACAAAACAGUUAAGUCAGAGAGAAAGAGAAGCAGAAGAUUCUCAUUGCAGGAGGCAGGCCGAGCAGGACGAUGGACGUAAAGCAAGCAAAACUUCUUGCUGGAGAAGUUUCUUGCCGCCCAUAACACCGUCGUUUUGCUCCUCUCCACGUCUUCCGCCACAGCCACGAAGAUCGUCUGAUCCAUAUCUAAAGCCGCCUCCUGAGACUUCUCAAACACUCCCCAUUCUUCUUGGAGACACUCACUCUAAUUCUUAGCUAAGAACGCAACGAUAUACAGCAAACUCAAUAUCCCCACGAACCUCUGCUGCCUCAUCUCGCUGUUUUCCACCACAUGAGGAAUAUAUAUAAACUAUUGAUAAAGUUUUAUAAAUGAUUUCUAAAUCUUCAUAAAUCAUUCAUAAACAUUUAUUAAUUGUUUAUAAUCCUUAUAAAGCCUUAUAAACUGAGUUUAUAAACUCUUAUAAAUGAAUUAUACUUUAAUAAUAUAUUUAAAAAACCUUAUAGACUGAUUUUAUAAAGUCUUAUUAAUUGUUUUAUAAACCAUUAUAAAUAAUCUUUUAUUUAUUAUAAAUAAUUUACAAACAUUUAUAUUAGAAUUAUAGACACUUAUAAUAGCUUUAUGAAUAUUUUACUUCUAAAUGUUUGUAAACUCUUGAAAAAGAUUUAUAAACUCUU